AUGUACAUCACUCUCUAUUACAUAGUCACCCGCCUCCCUGACUCCCUUCGCGUAGUCAGGGACCACUUUCUCUCAGUCUGUCCCACCACUCUCACUAUUGACCUCCUAGAGAAGGCCCUCCUAGCAGCGGAGAAGAGCAUAGUCGCUGUAGGAGCCUCUCGUGGUGACCCUCGCACCCCCAUCUUUGAGGGGUGUUCCCCUUCCCCCCUGUUGCCCUCUGUCGCCUCUGCUGCUGCGGCCAACCUACUUGGUCUUGAGUCGGUCGGUGCGGCGUCUGCCCCUAGCGGGAGACGCCGCUCUGGCAAGGGCAAGGGGGGCAAGGGCGCGGGUGGAUCUAGCGGGGGUGGUGGAGGUGGCAGUGGAGGCGGCGGAGGGAGUGGGGGUGGCGGUGGGAGUGGUGCCGGGGGUGGAGGUGGCGGUGGCAGCGGCGGAGGCAGAGGCGGCGGUGGCGGUAGCGGUGGGAGCGGAGGCGGCGGUGGCGGCGGAGGUGGAGGCGGCGGUGGUGGAGGAGGUGGAGCUGGUCGAGGUGGUACUUCUCAGCGGAGUGGCUCCGGGAGUGGUCAGCGCCAGCAGCAGCCGCAGCGCUCUCGGGACAUCCCCCCUCCUCAGCAGCUCCGUGAGUGGUACACGCAGCGUCAACGUGGUGGGGGUUUUGGCCCGUGCACCUACGUCCUCCGCUCCGGCGACCGCACGGGUGAGCAGUGUGGGGGUGCUCACCCCACCCAGCGCUGCUUUGGCCGCCUGACGGACGCUUGGCGUCAGCAGUUCCCGGAGGCUAGUGAGAUCCCCCGCUGGGGAGAGCUGUCUAGGGCAGGCGUAGCUAUCUUUGAUCUUGACUUUGAUGCUAUCAUUGCUGCCAUGUAUGCUGUGACUAUUAGUGAUGAGGGUGACUGUUACCGGUGUUUCCCGCCCGACCCGGGCAUUAGUACUGCUGCUCUAGGUACUAGUGAGGCUGCUGCUCUAGGUGCCAGUGCGUCCGCACCCUCAGGUGCUGGUGAGUCUGCGCUCUCAGGUACCACGUCGGCUUCGGCCUCCCUCACCUUCACACUUGACUCAGGGGCUUCUCGCUCCUUCUUUCGAGACCGCACCACACUCACGCCGAUUGGUCGGCCAGUUGCAGUCUCCCUGGCAGACCCCUCUGGGGGUCCUGUCCUCUCUCACUUCUCCACUGUCCUCCCGUGUCCGGCUGCCCCCUCUGGCACCUUGUCUGGUCUUUACCUCCCCUCGUUCUCUACAAACUUGGUGAGUGGUGCUGACCUGCAGGAUACGGGGGUUCACCAGUUCACUCCUGCGAGUCAGCGGGUGACCCACUGCACGGACGCUCGGACAGGCCGACACCUGGCCACGUUUACACGUCGGCCGGGGUCGAGCCUGUACACACUGACCACUGAGUCUCCUCCAGUCACUGCGUCUGGUCAGGUAGCUGCGUCGGGUCAGGGGCGGCUCCGAGCUGCCCCUCACUCCUCUCAAAUUCCCCUGACAGAGGCCCCGCUGCAGACGCUUCACAUGGACGUGUGGGGCCCGGCCCGCGUCCGUGGACAGGGUCACGAGCGCUACUUCCUGCUGGUGGUUGACGACUACUCGCGUUACACCACAACCUUCACGCUUACGGACUCUCCGCAGCAAAAUAAGAUUGCUGAGCGCCGCAUUGGCAUGGUCAUGGACGUCGCUCGUACGUCCAUGAUGCAUGCGGCUGCCCCCCAUUUUCUGUGGCCGUUUGCGGUUCGGUACGCAGCGCAUCAGAUCAACCUUCACCCCAGGGUCUCCAGACCGGAGACCUCCCCAGCCUUGCUGUGGACUGGGAAGGUCAGCGAUGCGUCUGCGUUCCGUGUUUGGGGAUCUCGGGCGUUUGUCCGCGACUUGUUUGCGGGCAAGCUGUCCCCUCUUGCUGCUCCCUGUGUCUUCCUUGGCUUCCCCCCUGACGCCCCUGGGUGGCAGUUCUACCACCCCACCUCUCGUCGUGUUCUGUCCUCCCAGGACGUCACGUUCGACGAGUCAGUACCCUACUACCGCCUAUUCCCCUACCGCACUCCUUCCCCCCCCCCGCAACCGCACUUCCUUGUGCUAGGUCCCCCCCCGGUAGACCCCCUCCACCCUCAGGGUCCUGCCCCUUGA